AGAAGUUAGUGCCAGCUCACGAACUUCUUUGAGGUCUGAAAUGUUUUGACCUCGAAAAGGGAAAAGCAGUUGCAAAUCGAAAUUAAUAAAUCUACCCAAAGGUUAAACACUUUAAGAUGAGAAAAGUUGAUCUCUGUUUGAGUUCUGAAGGGGCUGAAGUGAUUUUAGCUACAUCAAGUGAUGAAAAACACCCCCCUGAAAAUAUAAUUGAUGGGAAUCCAGAAACAUUUUGGACCACCACAGGAAUGUUUCCCCAAGAGUUCAUUGUUUGUUUUCACAGACUUGUGAGGAUUGAAAGGCUUGUAAUCCGUAGUUACUUUGUGCGUACCUUGAAGAUUGAAAAAAGCACCGCUAAAGAGCCAGUUGAUUUUGAGCAGUGGAUUGAAAGAGAUUUAGUACACACAGAGGGGCAGCUUCAAAAUGAAGAAAUUAUGGCACGUGAUGACCACGCCACUUACUUGAGAUUCAUUAUUACAUCAGCCUUUGAUCAUAUUGCAGCUGUGUAUAGCAUUUCUGCAGAGGGAGUAGCAGUCUCAGAUCUUUCUUAAUAAGUAUAACAAAAUGCUUUUGCAUGAUUUUUUUAAUAAUAUAUUUACUUAAAAAUGAAAUUGUCAUUGAUAUACUUUAUUAAAGGGAUUUGUACCAAUCUGUUUCAGUUU